UGACAGUACACCAAAAGACGCAUACAAGAAAUAAACCGUAUCCGUGAGACAUAUGUGACAAGUCUUUCAGUAUGAAUUACAGUUUGACAAAGAUCCGGCGGACGGAUACUGCAGAGAAAUCUUACCCAUGCGACGUUUGCGACAAAACGUUCAGUUUAAGCGGCAAUUUGACGAAACACCGGCGGACGCAUACUGGAGAGAAACCAUAUCCAUGUGACAUAUGUGACAAGUCGUUCAGUGUUAAUGACAAUUUGACAAAGCACAGGCGGACGCACACUGGGGAGAAACCGUAUCCAUGCGACAUAUGUGACAAGUCAUUCAGUGUUAAUGGCAGUUUGACAAAGCACCGGCGGACGCAUACUGGAGAGAAACCGUAUCCAUGUGACAUAUGCGAAAAGUCAUUCAGUCAAAGUGGUCAGCUUUCGGCACACCGGCGAACGCAUACUGGAGAGAAACCGUACCCAUGUGACAUAUGUGACAAGUCAUUCAGUGUAAGCAGCAAUUUAACGAAGCACCGUCGGACACACACUGGGGAGAAACCGUAUCCAUGUGACAUAUGCGAAAAGUCAUUCAGUCAAAGUGGUCAGCUUUCGGCACACCGGCGGACGCAUACUGGAGAGAAACCGUAUCCAUGCGACAUAUGUGACAAGUCAUUCAGUGUUAAUGACAGUUUGACAAAGCACCGGCGGACGCAUACUGGAGAGAAACCGUAUCCAUGUGACAUAUGUGACAAGUCGUUCAAUGAAAGUGGUCAGCUUUCAUCACACCAGCGGACGCAUACUGGAGAGAAACCGUAUCCAUGUGACAUAUGUGGCAAGUCAUUCAGUGUAAGCAGCAAUUUAACGAAGCACCGUCGGACACACACUGGGGAGAAACCGUAUCCAUGUGACAUAUGUGACAAGUCGUUCAAUGAAAGUGGUCAGCUUUCGUCACACCGGCGGACGCAUACUGGAGAGAAACCGUAUCCAUGUGACAUAUGUGACAAGUCAUUCAGUGUAAGCACCAAUUUAACGAAGCACCGUCGGACACACACUGGGGAGAAACCGUAUCCAUGUGACAUAUGCGAAAAGUCAUUCAGUCAAAGUGGUCAGCUUUCGGCACACCGGCGGACGCAUACUGGAGAGAAACCGUAUCCAUGUGACAUAUGUGACAAUUCAUUCAAUCAAAGUGGCUCCCUUACGGCACAUCAGCGGGCACACACUGGCGAGAAACCAUAUCAGUGCAACGUUUGUGACAAGUCGUUCAGCGUAAGUGAAAGUUUGUAAAAACACAAGUGGACGCACACCUAAGUGAAACAUUACAUAAUAUACGAUGUUUGGGACAAUUCAUACAUUCAAAGUGGCUCACUAAAGUUACAAUGGGCUACUAGGUGAGACUUAUGAACUGGAUAUCAGAAAUGUGUACUGUGGUCUGGAUUUACAGAUGUUGAAUAAGGAUAUCAUUGUGUUCGCAUCUAAUUUUUUUCACUUUGUAGUUAAAUAACAAUAUAUUAAUAUUGGUUUUUUUGAAUGUCCAUGAAUAUAAUGUGUAUUACAUAAAAAAUAAUGUUGUCAAGUUCAUAAUAUUUUGGAGCCUAUCAGCACUGGUGGAAGUUAUACCCAUUUAAUGUGAUGUGAUGAUUUAAUGUGAUACUAGGUUGUUCGAAACUAUUUUUAAAUGUUAAUUUGACACAUGACUUACAUGAUAGCAUGUUUUCCUAAACAUUCAGUCCUAAAUUCAGUGUAUUUUAUCCUAAAAAACUAUAA